GUCAUUUCUGCAACUGGCACUACUGGAAUGUAUAGUGACGUAUCAAUUUCUUCAAUAAAAGUGGGCCGUAUCGGUAUUGGUUUUGCCGUCAAUUGAGUUUCUUUAUUAAUUUAUAUUAUUAGUGUAUUACAAUGGAUGAAGAAUACGAUUGCAUUGUUUUAGGCACCGGUCUUAAAGAAUGUAUCCUUAGUGGAAUGUUAUCGGUUUCGGGAAAAAAGGUAUUACACGUCGAUCGAAACAAGUAUUACGGCGGAGAGUCUGCUUCAAUUUGUCCAUUGGAGGAACUUUUUGCAAAAUUUGGCAUUCCUCCUCCAGAUGAAUCCUAUGGAAGAGGAAGAGAUUGGAAUGUUGAUCUCAUUCCGAAGUUCCUCAUGGCGAAUGGAUCUCUGGUCAAGCUUCUUAUUCACACGGGCGUUACGCGAUACUUGGAGUUCAAAUCUGUCGAAGGAAGUUAUGUCUACAAGGGUGGAAAAAUAUCAAAGGUUCCUGUUGAUCAAAAAGAAGCACUUGCAUCCGAUCUUAUGGGAAUGUUUGAAAAACGUCGAUUCCGCAAUUUUUUAAUAUAUGUUCAAGACUUUCAGGCUGAUGAUCCAAAAACAUGGAAAGAUUUUGAUCCAAAUACACAAAAUAUGCAGGCCCUUUAUGAAAAGUUUGGUCUAGACAAAAAUACUCAAGAUUUUACUGGACAUGCUUUGGCUUUGCAUAGGGAUGAUGAAUACUUGAAUAGAGCUGCUAUUGAUACUAUUAAUCGUAUUAAGUUGUAUUCUGAUUCACUCGCCAGAUAUGGGAAAUCACCAUAUUUGUAUCCUAUGUAUGGUUUGGGAGAAUUACCACAAGGUUUUGCCAGGUUGUCUGCAAUUUAUGGAGGUACCUAUAUGUUAGAUAAAGCUAUUGAUGAAAUUGUACUAGGCGAAGGUGGGAAAGUAAUAGGUGUUCGUUCCGGCAAUGAAAUAGCUAAAUGCAAACAGGUGUACUGCGACCCCACAUAUGUUCCAGAUAGAGUUCGCAAGAAGGGCCAAGUGAUUAGAUGCAUUUGCCUUUUGGAUCAUCCAAUUUCUAAUACUAGAGAUGCUUUAUCGACCCAAAUAAUCAUUCCUCAAAAACAAGUCGGCCGUAAUUCCGAUAUUUACGUUUCUUUAGUGAGUUACACUCAUCAAGUAGCUGCUAAAGGUUGGUUUAUAGCAAUGGUUUCCACUACUGUAGAAACUGAUACUCCAGAAAUCGAAAUUAAGCCUGGCUUAGACCUCUUAGGAACAAUUCGUCAAAAGUUUGUUUCUAUAUCAGAUUAUUUUGAACCUACAGAUGAUGGUCUUCAGUCUCAGAUCUUUAUUUCUGAGUCUUAUGAUGCUACUACUCACUUCGAAACAACCUGUUUAGACGUUUUGGAUAUAUUUAAACGUGGAACAGGUGAAGAAUUUGAUUUUUCUAAAAUUAAACACGAGUUGGGAGACGAAGAACAAUAAACUAGAUAUGGUACCAUAAUGUUCCGGUGCAGUUUAUUUAGGAAAUAAUAUAUGUGAAACUUUUUUGAUAAUUGUCUAUUUGGGUUAUUCAAAGUGGCUACGUAGUCUUAAAAGUUCAUGAUACUCUUUUUUUAAGAAUAAUUUGAUAUUCAUUUCUAAAUAUCAAGACAUCAGGCAAGUUUUAGAUUUGCUUCCCAGAAAAGGUAUUUGCGAUCACAUUUUUUUGUAUUCACUAUUUUAUACACUCUUGGUAUUUCAAGAAAAUUUUAAUAAAAAGAACAAUCGAAAAUACCAGGUCAAGCUUGAUUUUCAAGAAUAAUCGUAAUUUUUGUUUGCAAAAGGAAUUUAUUACUAGUUAGACAUAAGUUAUUGUGAAGUUGUAUUUAUAUGAAUAAUAUAUAGCUUUAUGUUUUAGUUAGAUGCAUGUCUAAAUCAUUGGUGAUAAGGCACUUGAAAAAAUGUGUAUAUUUGUGAUCUGAUUACAUUAACAGAAUUUUAAAUGUACGAAAAUGUUUUAGUUUGAUGCCUUGACCUAAAUAAAAUAGUUCUAAACAUAUAAGUGUUGAUAUAUUUAUGUGGCCACUACCAAAGACACAAUAAUUUCACAGAUAAAAAGCUUUGGGGAUUAUUUAUAUUUAGGUGAAGUGUUGAAAUCGUCAACAUUCCAAUUUUUGCAUUAACUCGCUGUUACAAAAGAGUUCUAAACUCAAAACUCGUGCAAUCAUUUUCCCAUCGUUUUUGUAUACUGCACAAGGAUUGCGAUCUUUGAAAGUUCUUUUACCGUAAUUCAAAAUAAACCUUAAAAUAUUAA